AUGAUGCUUAGUAAUAUGUAUAUUAUACUGCUAUGUUUUUUAAAAUUUGAAACAUAUGCAAUAUCUGUUGAUUAUUAUGGUAGUGAUGAUUCGAAGAAUGAGAAACCACAUGAUAUAGCGUACAACAGAUCUGAUUCAAGACGAACAAUGAUGAAUGCUACUAACAUAACCGCGGAUAUAUCUGACUGUUCAGAAGAUUGUGACGACGACGUUGAUGAAAAGAUUAUAAUUUCUUUUCAAAUAGACAAAAGGCCACGACCAACAAAUACCUCAAUACCAACUUUAAGUUUCGCACCAGAUAAUUCCACUUGUGCUCCUAUUGUAGACACCCAAACACCAGACCAUAAAAUUAUUCUGAAGUUGGAUUUAUUAUCUCAUGACGACUACGCUGACCACAAAGUAAAUGAACCUCCUAUUUUGCGUAACGAAGAUAAUCCAGACAAAUGGGUUCACAAUAUGAGUAAAAUGAAAGAUAGUAUGAAAACAGAUGCUUUAUCUUAUGGAAUAUUUUAUAAUCUAGAACCAGCAGCCGACAAAGAUCUUCUUAAAGGACAAAAUAAAAGGAAUUUUACCAAUAUAUGGUACGUUCCUCAGGAUCUGCCAUGUUGGGAAUUACCCCUCGUUUAUGGUGAAUUAGGAGAAAGAAAAGAUAAGUCUAAGGUGUUUCUGACAUACAACGGAAAACUAAUAAAUGUAUACGAUCCUUGGAUUGAGGCGCGACCAAAGUUCAAAGUAACGGAUGCACCGAUCUCUCAUUUCGUAAAUAAAUGGUGCGGAGUACAACCAUGUUUUGGUGACCAUACACUUUGUCUAUUCCCAAAUAAAGAUAUAUCAAAUGUUUGUGAUAAAGGAUAUACAGUAAAAACGCCAAAUAUUCUGGACCAAAGUAACAUUAUCAAUACCAUAAAUACCAUGCGUAAUCGUAUUGCCAACGGACUAAGUAUAAAAUAUGCACAUCUUCCCACCGCUGCUAACAUGAAACAAAUAAUAUAUGAUUAUGAUCUUCAAAAGAUUUCUGAAGCAUGGCUGCGACAAUGCUUGCCAGGAGCAGCUCCGUGUUCAGCCUUAGAUGGAAAAUCGGUUACGCAACUCGAAUGUACGAAAUACUCUAAAUUCUGCUGUUUAAAAUACUUCAAAACAGCCGUAAAAUGCACACCGCGUCAUGAAUGUUUUAUAGAUCCUGUCAUUGGCUGUCUUCACAUUUGGUUUUCUAGUGCCGGAAAGAAUUUAACUCCAGUAGAUGUCAGUUGUGGUCAUACAACAGUAUUAAAUUUUAACACUGUUCAAUUGCUUUGGGCUAAAACUGCGAAACUAGGGUGUGCCUAUGGCAUAAGAUCUAAUGGCGACGUGAGAAUUGUUUGUAAUUUUUCUCCAGGCGCUCCGUUUAUAUUAGACACACAACUAUACUGUGGUAUUAUAGCGCAUAAUGACUUAUCACAAUUCCGAGGUAAUGAAAACCUAACGGAUCUAAAUUUUUUGUCGACACUGGGAAUUAAAUGGAACCGUAUUAUCAAACUUCCAAAAAUAUUUCCCCCGGAUACAUUAAAAUUGGACAGUAAGCAAAUAUCUAAAAAUCACAAACCAACAUGGGGGGUGGACAGUUUGACCAAAAUAUACGAAGAGGGCUGGGUGAGGAAGAAUGUCAAUAAGAAACAGAAUGGAACGAAAAGUAUGAUCGCCCGUUUGGUAGCCAAAUUUGUGUUCAUCGAUAACAGUGAAUCUAAAUGUGAUACAGGUGAAUCUGUGUACGAAGCAGGUGAACCAGGAUCCAAGUGUACAGAAACAGGAGCCACUUACAACAGUCUCUGCUAUGAUUUCAAGGACCCUACACCUGGUUACAGACUGAUCGCUGUGGCGGCUCCCAUCACCCUUUUCUCGUUGAUAUUAUACGAUUUAUUUAGCGGUGUUGUCAGACAAACAAAUUAUUGA